ACCGACCGUUCCUCUCUCCCGUAGAUGCUGAACGUGCUGCUGAGCCGCAUCGCGCUACGGCGACGUGCACGCCCGCGUGUACUGCUACGGGACGACGUGCGUGCAGCGAGGUCGUCUUCGUGGUGCCCGCCGCGCGGCAGUUUGCGCCGCCACCGCCGCCGCCGUCAUGGCAACUAGAGGAUCGUCGUCGGUUACCGCACGUCUGCAGCCGGACUACUAACCCCGCGGCUCCUCGGACUAUUGCACGGUCAAAGGCAAUACAUCAAUGGCCCUAGAAUCAAAUGGCAACAACGUGGUGUGGUUGAACACAACCCGUCCUGAUCAAAUACAGCAGAGUCAACCGAUUGAGCAGCCAUUGAAGUGUUCCAUGUUUACUCAAACGGAACAAACGAAUAGUUUUACCCAGACGGAACAGAGUAAUUCGAGUUACGGAGACCAGAGACAGCAACAAACAGCAAUGUUUGACCCACAGCAGAUUCAGCAGCAGCAAGCUGCUGCGCAGGGUCAGCAGUCGCAGCAGCAGCAGACCCAGCAGAUGUACGUCACGGACAAGAAGGAGGACAAGUCGCAGCAGCAGCAGCAGCAGACGACCACCGCCGAGUUCCCCUCCUCCUUCUACUACAACGUCAACAUGCUGCAGAAGGUUCAGACAAACGCGGUGAGCACAAUCAGUGCAAUCACCGACGACAAGGGUUGUUACCGUUUCGAUGUUCAACCUGUCGGUUAUAAUACAUUGCUAAAUCAGAUGAGCAUCGCCGCCGCCGCGACUGCGAACGCGACCUUCAAGUGCGAGAUUUGCGGCCUGGUCUUCGGCCACAUGAGCCUGUUGCAACAUCACAAGCGGAUUCACUCCUCGACGCCCAGCAAUUUGCAGCAGCAGCCGCAGCAGAUUGUGGUGCAAACGCCGACGACAGUGACCGUCGCCACCACGCCGGACAGACCGUACACAUGUGACGUUUGUGGAGCGUGUUUUGCAUUACCGGGAGAAUUGAAAAGUCACAAGACAAACAUGCAUCAGAAACCUAAGGUGCAAAUUUGUGAGGAUUGUGGCAGUGAGGACCCAUGCGAACAUCAUCCAACUAAAGUUAAAAAGACUAUCAAACCUGGUCAUCAUCCUGUGAAACGAAGGGGUGUCACCAGUGUUACCAAGUGUCACAAGUGCAACGGCACGGGAAUUAUUUUUAUUGGUAAACACGACGAAAAACUAGAUUCCGGAAUCAGUUCCCUCGCAAAGUGUGGCGGCUGCAAGGCUACAGGCCGCAUCGUCAUAGGAAGUGGCAAGCAAAACAGUCAAAAUCAGGCGGAUAAACCAUUUCAUUGUAACGUUUGCGAUGGUACAUUUUCUCGAUAUUCUUCUCUCUGGUCCCAUAAAAGACUUCAUUCGGGAGACAAACCGUUCAAAUGUGAAGUCUGUGGCUUAGCCUUUGCAAAGGCUGCCUAUCUGAAGAAUCAUGGAAGAGUUCAUACCGGUGAGAAACCGUUCAAGUGCAACGUUUGCGGCAUGCAGUUUUCGCAAAGCCCGCACUUGAAGAACCAUGAGCGAAUUCAUUCCGGCGAGCGACCUUAUCAGUGUGAGGUUUGCGAGAAGACGUUCGCCAGACACUCGACGCUCUGGAAUCACAGAAGAAUUCACACCGGCGAGAAGCCGUACAGGUGUAACAUCUGCGGUUCCGCCUUCAAUCAAGCCACGCACCUCAAGAAUCACGCGAAGGUCCAUACCGGUGAAAAGCCGCACAGGUGCGAUAUAUGCGAGAUCGGCUUUUCCGAUCGUUUUGCGCUGAAACGCCACCGUGCGAUCCACGAGAAGUACGGCCAGACGGCGCGGAAUCAGAACGCGAAUAACCCAGCGAACGCACAGCAGCCCAACCCGAGUAAUCAGCAGCAGCAGUCGCAGCAACAGCAACAGCCGCAGCAGGCCCAGCAAGGCCAGGUCGUGGUCGUGAAUGCGACCACUCCUGUCACCGUCAGCCAAGGGCAAGGCCAAGUUAUACUCGACGAGGUCUACAAGUGUCAGGUGGCCUUCCCAGAGCCUAAAUGAUUCAGCUAGAGAAUACCUUUCAGGAGCUGGUAAAGAGGUUAACUUUUUUUAACCUUUUUUUUAAUAUUAAUCUCGAGAACGACAAAAUCCAUGGAUAUAUGAUAUGAGAGAUAUGGAUUUUCUGAAAGAGAGUCAAGUGAUGAAUCCUGCAUGAGUGACUGAACGACGCAUCUCUUUUCUGUGUGUGUGUAUGUGUGCGGCCACUCGGAUUCGGUGGAAAGAGUACUUGGUGAUUAUCGAUAGAUUGGAUUUAGAUAUGGAUAAAGAUUUCAAGGGGAAAAAAAACGAAAAAAAGAAAAAAAUACGGACGGAGAGACUCUGCGUGAAGUUUGCGCGAGUGAAGAAAUUUCGUGGAAUGUAACCUCGGAAGUUUAAUUCGUAAUACUACAAUUGGACGAUUUUAAACCGCCAAGAUCAACGAAGUCUUUUUGUGAAGUAAUAGAGAAAUAUGUCUACCUUUAUAUUUUGCCAUUCGGAAAGGUGGAAGGACAAUUGAAUCGCAUCACGGCAACACAUUUCGUAUAUAUAUUAGUUUUCUAAAAUAAAAAAAAAACGGAAAAAUGUAAUUGUAAUCGUAUCAUUCUUUCUUACGUAUACAUAAUGUAAUAAUCGUUAAUUUGUCCGCAAGAACAAAAUUGCUAGAUGUCUUGCCAAUAUUUCAUGAAAUGAUUUUCAUGAAUGGCAUUGUGCAAUAGUUCCGACAAAUUUUGCGAUUAGCCCGACGACAAAGUGUACUUUCGAAUGAUUGUAACAACGGAGGAUUGCGGCGGCGGCGUGUGUUUCGGUAGUGAAAAGCGCGAGUAUAAGGAAUCGAGUAUUUUUCUCCCUUUUUUUCUGUUUUCUUAGCAAAUAUCGAAAAUAAUACGAUUGAGAAACGCCCAAACCUCGGCCCUUCCGAUUUCUCUCGAUCUAUCGACACGAGGAUGAGAUUGUGCGUCGAUGUUUAAAAUUAUAUAUCUGUAAGGUUUGAAGUGUCUAUUUAAUUUUGUUCGCAUAAAUUAUUUUACUUGACAAAUGAUAAAUGCACGAGUGAGCAUGUUAGAAGAGAGAGGUCUUGUACGACGCCCUGGGAAAUUUUGUACUUGCGAAUAGCGUGUGGAACGGAACGACAUCGCGAUCUGUGCGAGCCCUCUUCCGUCCAGUCAUUCGAGAUCAGAAAGCAUCGCGCGUCACUGACGACAACGAUCAUGAUGAUAAGCGGCGAAAGAGUAGUGCGGCAUACCUUUAUUAACUCGCUGGGGCUGCAAUAAUAAUAGUGAAUAUCGACGGGCAAACUAAAACCGUUUUAUAAUUUUAAGAGGCCGCGAACCAUAUGAAUAUAAUUAUAACUUGAUGAAGCAUAGUUGCUAGUUUGUAACAAGUAGCCGAGCUAGAUUAUAUACAUAUAAAAAUAUAUAUUAUAUAUAUAUACAUUAAUUUUUAUAUCCCCACUUGUUAAAGCGAUCCCGCACCGUCGCUACUUUUAAGUAUCAAAGAUCACCAAAACGAAUAGAUUGUACAUUGAUAGCUCCAUACAUCCAUAAUUGGUGACUCGUAUGCCAUUACGGUAUCUCAUCUUCGCAGUUAUUUGGAUACCCUUCCGAGAAUGCUCCCACGCAACUGUUACACGCAGUAUCAAAACGCGAAUCUUUUAUCGUUAUUUAGUUUUUUUUUUUCUCAUCUUUAUUCGUCACCGAAUUAUUCGAACAACACGCACCAUCUCUCUUUCGUAAGGUAAACGUAACCAGUGACUCUAAACAUGUAUCUAUAUCGGAACACGUACACAAAAUUUAUUAAUCUCAAAUACUUUUUUUUAUUAUAAUAUCAAAAUUUGAUUGUAAAAAUAUUUAAAGAUUACAAUUAAAUUAUAAUAUUAUGAAAAAAAAACAUUCAAAAAUAAGUUUUUGUGUACGUGUUCCGAUGUAGAUACAUGUUCAAUUGCUGGUACGUUUAUCUUAUAAUUUUAAAAGAUUUUACAAUUGUGAAUUUGCAAAUUGCAAAGGAGAUAGAUAUAAGCGAUUUGAGGGUGUCCCAAAAAAUUCUUUUUACACGAAAUUGAAUCUGUCAUUCGCGGAGAAUAUUACGUGACGAUCAGUCUACGUGAUUGUCAAUUCGCCAUUCGACUCGCACGGAAUCCGGAAUUGGGGAUAUUUCUCUGUUUUACUAAUUAACUUGUAAAAUAAAGGUACGCAAUUACAUAAUUUUACUUUUA